UCGGAGGCCGUCGGGAUGCGGCAGCGGAGCGAGGAGCCGCGAGCCGGCCGGGAGGAGCGGAGGAGGAAGGUUGCUGAGCAGCUGCUGUCUGAGCACUGGAAGAAAAACAACGCUGAGCUCCGGGAGGUGGGGUCGGAGCUGCACAGGAAGCAGGUGAUAGAGGCUUGGGGGGAUCAGCUAAUGCAAAAAACCAAGCAAGAAGCAACUGAACUUGAAGAGAAAAAACGUUAUGAAAAUGAAUAUGAAAUUGCGCGAAGGGGAGCGCUGGAAAGAAUGAAACAAGAGGAAGAGAAGCGCCAGCUGGAGGAGACGUUGCUUCAACAAAUAGAAGAACUGAAAUUACAGGAGACAGAGGCAACAAAGCUAAAAAAAGAACAAGAGAAUUUAUUAAAGCAGCAGUGGGAGCUGGAGAACUUGGAAGAAGAAAGGAAACAAAUGGAAGAGCACCGGAAGAAGAAAGAGCUUGGUCGCUUUUUGAGGCAUCAGUGUAAUGCCCAGCUAAAGAGACGAGCCCAGCAGAUACAAGAGGAGCUGGAGAUAGACAGGCAAAUCUUAUUAGCCCUCCUCGAGAAAGAAGAUGAGGAUCAGCGCCGCCAGUCCGCGCGGCGAGAACGAGCCGUUGCAGAUGUUGCCUGGAUGAAACAUGUCAUUGAGGAACAGCUCCAGUUAGAAAAGGAGAGGGAGGCAGAGCUGCAGACUAUUUUUAGAGAAGAAGCUAAAAAAAUGUGGGAGAAGAGGGAAGAAGAAUGGGAAAGAGAGAAGGCGGCCAGAGAUCGCCUGAUGAACGAGGUCCUUGCAGGCAGGCAGCGCCAGAUCCAAGAGAAGAUGGAGUUAAACAGACGAGCCCAAGAAGAGUCUAUAAAGUAUCGAGAGGAGCUGAUUAAAGAACUUGAGGAGGCAAAAGAACUGACUAGGCGAGAGAAGGAGCAGGAGGAGGAACUGAAGACGGCCCGCAGGCAGGAGCUGGAGGCCCAGCUGACAGAGCACCGCUUACAAGAACGGGAGGAGCAGCAGCGCCAGAGGGAGGAGGAAGGAGAGGAGAGAUCAGCCCGGUGGCGCUGCGAGGAGUUAGUGCGGCAGGAGGCCAAGCGCAUGGCUGAGCAAGGGUACCGCAGCAGGCUCUACAGUUACCCGAAAGCAGCGUGGACCUGAGGAUUCUUGUCCUUUGCACCCGAGGAACAAGCACUAAAUGCAGUUGCAGACUACAGAAAGAAAACUUUGAAGAAUCAAGGAACUCCUGAAGUAAUGGUGGCUUUGGAAUAGCCUACAAUGAUGCCAGGACUCAACUCCGUAGAUUUCUGAAAAUAUUUAGCUGUGGCGCAGUUGAACACAAGAGCAAAUUUCUGCUGGCUUCAAGAAUGCGGAGGUGUGAGCAUCCUUGGAGGACUGAACUGCUUCGCUUGCUCCGUGUUCAGAGGUUGCGAUGUUGUAUUUUAGUAUGUGCUACCCCGGGGCAACACAGCAAAUAAACAGGCCCCUUGGCUCUAGGCCGUGAAAGAAUCCGUGCCUCCCGUGGAACGGGACCUGUAAACCACUACGUGCUGCGUUUGCUAUUUAAAGUGUCAGACUCCCACCUCUGAGAAGCAGGACGUGCCUAGAGGCCCAGCUGGCUUUUAGGAGUUAAUUCAUAACGCGUUGCAGAUCGGUAAGAUAGAUAACGUGUGCUGUGGCAGUAAUUCUUAACGUGUCCAGUUCCUCUCCAGAAGGUGCCGAAGACUUCAUGAAUUUCUUCUGCUUGUUUCAUAAAUAAUGAAUAACUGCAACCUG